UUGGUCGAUCAGUUGGUCGAUCAGUUGGUCGAUCAGUUGGUCGAUCAGUUGGACGAUCAGUUGGUCGACCAGUUGGUCGACCAGUUGGACGAUCAGUUGGUCGACCAGUUGGUCGAUCAGUUGGACGAUCAGUUGGUCAAUCAGUUGGUCGAUCAGUUGGUCGAUCAGUUGGUCGAUCAGUUGGUCGAUCAGUUGGUCGAUCAGUUGGUCGACCAGUUGGUCGAUCAGUUGGUCGACCAGUUGGUCGAUCAGUUGGUCGACCAGUUGGACGAUACUUAA